AUGCAUCGAAACAUACUCUUUACCCUUGCUAUUGCCCCUAUUUGCCUCGCCAACAACCAAAGCAGUCUCAAUGCCGACAUCUUCGCCGCUAUCGACAAGAGAGAGGCGCAACUAGCUCAGAUGAACCGAGAGAUCUUGGAGCAUCCUGAGCUUGCAUACAACGAAGUCUACGCUCACGAGAUACUUACAUCCUUCCUCAAAGGGCAAGGCUUCAAUGUAACCCGCAAGGCGUACAAUAUUAGCACAGCAUUUGUGGCAGAAUAUGAAAACGGGCCUGGGAAAUCAGUGUCUUUCAAUGCUGAGUACGAUGCCUUGAAGGGAAUGGGGCACUCGUGCGGCCAUAACUUGAUAGCCACAUCAGGUGUUGCCGCUGCUAUCGGUGUUAAACAUGCCUUGGAAUACCUAGGUGUACAGGGGCGAGUAGUACUUCUCGGAACACCAGCGGAAGAGACCGGCGGUGGUAAGAUCCGAUUGCUCGAGGCUGGGGCCUACGACGGACUUGAUUGCAGUCUCAUGGCUCAUCCUACCGAAUCAUAUACUUCAUUCUGUAGGACAUCGGCUGCAUGGGCAGCCAACGUGACCUGGACCGGCUAUGGUGCACACGCCGGUGGAGCUCCAUGGCUCGGGCGCAACGCGAUGGACGGGUUCGUAACGGCGUACACAUCGACAGGCUUAUAUCGUCAACAGCUUCAGCCAUCAGAUAGGAUUCAUCAUAUUAUGUCGGAAAGCUCCCAGCUGGUGAACGUCAUUCCAGAUCUCGCCCAGAGUCAAUGGCAAGUCCGCGGUCCGUCGAGGAAGCGCCGCGAUGUCGUGGUAAAUCACGUUCGUGAGAUAAUAGAAUCCUCAGCAAAAGCAACCAACACAUCUGUGAAAAUUGAACCCACUUUGGAUUACUGGGAGGUUCAAUCUAAUGCGGCCUUGUCUCGUACAUACUACCGACUCUUGAUGAAGAAUUUCGAUCCUUCAAAAGACCCAAAAACGGCAAACUUCACAAAUCCUGAUGUCGAAGAGGAGAUUUACCGGAUCGGGGGCGGAGGUGGGACAACGGAUCAGGGAAAUGUCUCUUUCAAGCUGCCUUCUAUUCACGUUACAUACCCAAUCAGUGCCACUGCCUCACCGCACAACGUUGCCUUUAGAGCCGCAGCAGCCACGGAUUUUGCCUUUGUUCAAGCUAUUAGAACAGCUAAGAUACUCGCGCUGACUGGAGUGGAAGUCUUGCGCAAUGAAACACUAGCGCGUGAGAUAUGGAAGGAAUUCAAACGACAAGAGGCUACACCGAUCUAA